AUGGUUGAUGAAAGCCAACUACAACAAUUCAUUAACGAGGUGGUCAUUCUUUCACAAGUCAAUCAUAGAAACGUGGUCAAACUACUUGGAUGUUGCUUAGAGACUGAGGUUCCACUGCUUGUCUCCGAGUUCAUCUCGAAUGGUACGUUGUAUGACCUGCUUCAUGAUGAAACCGACGAGUUCUCUUUCUCUUUAAAUAUGAGAAUACAAAUCGCCACAGAUGUUGCAGGAGCACUUGCUUACUUACAUUCAGCAACCUCCUUUCCGAUAUACCAUAGGGACAUCAAAUCCACAAAUAUACUCUUAGAUGAAAAGUAUAGAGCAAAAAUUUCAGACUUUGGAACUUCAAGGUUUGUAUCGAUAGAUCAAACUCAUUUGACUACGUUAGUCAAAGGGACGUUUGGUUAUUUGGAUCCAGAGUACUUCCAAUCGAGCCAGUUCACCGAAAAAAGUGAUGUCUAUAGUUUUGGAGUAGUUUUGUUGGAACUAUUAACAAGAGAAAAGCCAAUCUUCUUCACUAGCUCCGGUGAAAAUAAAAGUUUAGCAACACACUUUUUGCUAGCCAUGGAAGAAGGUCGUGUGAUGUCUAUUUUUGAUGCGAUAGUUGUUAAGGAGGGUUCUAGGAUCGAACUGUUGACCAUAGCUAACUUGGCAAUGCGAUGCUUAAAUAUAAAUGGUAAAAAUAGGCCAACGAUGAAAGAAGUUUUCGUUGAGUUAGAAGGCAUUCGGUUGUCACAUGUUCCUUCUAAGGUCCAAACUAAUUUUGGGCAUGCAAAAUACUAUGAAGAGUUCCCACUAGCAUAUGGUGAGUCAACAUCGACAACAACCACAUUUAAUGAAUCACUGUAA